CGGCGAGAUGACGAGGUUAGUGAUGCCAUGCUAGUGGCCGUUCAACAACCGCGAGAGCUACUACAAAGUCUGCCUCUCGCUCCUGUUCGUAACAUCUGUGUUCAGCAGCUUGCAACCAGUUUCGCAACUCUUAUAUCCCCAAGCUCGAUCUUCUCCGAUUUCUACUCUCCCAGUAAAUCAUUUCCUCACAUUACAAAAUGAAGACAUCUGCCGCUAUCCUCUCCCUCUGUGCUGGCGUCUUUGGUGCCGUAAUUGAGAACCGAAACUCGGGCUCCUCCUCCUACUCUUCCAACAACUGCAAGACCUACACCGACACGGUUCGAAAGUUCCAGAUCCUACCGUUGCCGAGUUGUUUUCUGAUAUGAAAGCAGUACGAUGACCUGACUGCCAACCUCGUGGCACCGCAGCUUAGCCCUGUGGGCACUUACCAUGGUCUCCAG